AUGGAGGAAGCUAGUUUGUGCCUUGGUGUUUCUUCAGCUGUGCCAGAAACUGACGCCCAUCUCAACAGCACCAUACUCAAUGGGCAGUAUUCCAUGAGCCAGAAGCUGCACCAGAUCACUUCCCAGCUCAGCCAUGCCUUCCCAGAGCUCCAGAACAGGCAGAAUCCAGAGGAGAAGGCAUCUGCACCACUAGAAGACAAAAGCCACAUGUCCAUAGCAAACCAGCCCAUCAGCAGUCAGAUGGCACUGUUAGCAAACCAGCUCAAUAGGGAGGUUGACACCAGUUUAAAUGGGCGUGUGGAUCUGCAGCAGUUCUUAAAUGGACAAAAUCUAGGGAUUAUGUCUCAGAUGAGUGAUAUAGAGGAUGAUGCCAGGAAAAACAGAAAGUACCCAUGUCCCCUCUGUGGGAAACGCUUUCGAUUUAACAGCAUCCUGUCACUACACAUGCGCACUCAUACUGGAGAGAAACCAUUUAAGUGUCCAUACUGUGAUCACAGAGCAGCUCAGAAAGGCAACCUGAAGAUACACCUGCGUACUCACAAACUUGGAAACCUUGGCAAAGGUCGUGGAAGAGUCCGAGAGGAAAACAGACUUUUACACGAGCUGGAGGAGAGAGCGAUUCUUCGGGACAAGCAGAUGAAGAGCAGCCUCUUGCAGCCACGACCUGAUGUGAAAGCACAGCAGCACACCCAGCCAAUGCCUCUUGCAAACUGCAACUUGUCUGUGCCAGCUAAUCACAGCACACCUGAUAUUUCAAACCCUGUUCCCUCUCCAAAGCCAGUCAGCAUCCAGGAAGAAGUUGUUGCUCAGACAGCUGGGUUCAGAUGCACGUUUUGCAAAGGCAAGUUUAAAAAGCGAGAAGAGCUAGACAGGCACAUAAGGAUCUUGCACAAGCCUUACAAGUGCACCCUGUGUGACUUUGCUGCCUCGCAGGAGGAGGAACUGAUCAGCCAUGUGGAGAAGGCUCACAUAACUGCAGAGUCAGCACAGGGCCAGGGCUCCAACGGGAAUGGGGAGCAGUCCACCAACGAGUUUCGCUGCGAGGUAUGUGGCCAAGUGUUUAGCCAAGCCUGGUUCCUGAAAGGCCACAUGAGGAAGCACAAGGAUUCCUUUGAACACUGCUGUCAGAUCUGCGGGAGGCGAUUCAAAGAGCCUUGGUUUCUUAAAAAUCACAUGAAAGUCCACCUGAACAAGUUAUCAGUCAAGAACAAAUCUCCGAAUGAUCCUGAAGUACCUGUCUCCAUCGGCAGUAUGUCCCAGGAAGCUCAUGCAAACUUGUAUUCAAGAUAUCUGUCGUGUUUGCAGAGUGGAUUUCUUCCUCCCGACAAAACAAGCUUAAGUGAACAAAAUCAAAUCUAUAACAAAGGAGAUAUGCCCAUGAAAGAGAAAGAAGUCUUGGGAAAACUCCUUUCACCCAUUUCUGGCAUUGGCCACAGUAUUGCUGAAGGGGAUAAACAUUCUUUAUUGGGCUGUCUCAAUCUGGUGCCUCCUCUGAAAUCCAGCUGUAUAGAAAGGUUACAAGCUGCUGCCAAAGCAGCAGAGAUGGAUCCAGUAAACAGCUAUCAGGCCUGGCAGCUUAUGGCAAGGGGAAUGGCCAUGGAACAUGGCUUUUUGUCUAAAGAGCAGCAGAUACAGCGCAGCCAUGAAGACACUUUGGCAAAUGCUGGAGUUAUGUUUGAUAAGGAGAAGCGGGAGUAUGUGUUAGUAGGAGCAGAUGGCUCUAAGCAGAAAAUGCCUGCUGAUUUGGUUCACAGCACUAAAAUGGGCAAUCAGAGAGACUUGCCAAACAAACUAGACCCUUUAGAAGGCAGUAGAGAUUUUUUGUCACAUGGUAUGAACCAGGGACUCGAUUACAACUUACAAAGUCAUGGAAACGUAAAAGAAAAGCCAACUGAAUGCCCAGACUGCGGAAGGGUUUUUAGAACAUACCACCAAGUGGUUGUGCACUCCAGGGUCCACAAAAGAGACAGGAAAGGAGAAGACGAAAUAAUUCAAGGUAGUCUUGAUGAGCGCCGUGGGUCUGGCAGUGAUCAAGAGUCUCAGUCUGUCAGCAGGUCGACAACACCAGGGUCCUCUAACAUUACCGAAGAGAGCGGAGUAGGUGGGGGUCUCUCGCAGACGGGGAGUGCCCAGGAGGACAGUCCACAUCCUUCCUCACCCUCCUCUUCAGACAUUGGAGAAGAAGCUGGGAGAUCUGUAGGAGUCCAACAGCCAGCUUUACUGAGAGACAGGAGCCUUGGUACUGCCAUGAAAGACUGCCCAUAUUGUGGAAAAACUUUCAGAACAUCACAUCACUUAAAGGUCCACUUGAGAAUACAUACAGGUGAGAAGCCUUACAAGUGUCCACAUUGUGAUUAUGCUGGUACUCAGUCUGCAUCCCUCAAGUACCAUUUGGAAAGGCACCAUCGGGAGCGACAGAAUGGAGCAGGACCACUCUCUGGGCAGGCUGCAAGUCAAGAUCACAAAGAAGAGACAUCAAGUAAAAGUUCCAUGUUUAUUAGACCAGAUAUACUGAGAGGAGCCUUCAAGGGGCUUCCUGCUAUCGACUUCCGAAGUGGCAUGGUCUCGCAGCAGUGGACGUCAGGAAUGCUGUCUUCUGGAGAUCAGCAAGGACAAGCAGCUGGCAUGUCAUCUGAAGUAUCUUCGGACAAUAUGAAGGGUUCAGACAUGUCUUCCAAAGGAACACACUUCUCUGAACUUGGCCGUGCUUACCAGAACAUGGUUGGGAAUGGUGUGAACUUUCAAGGGUCUUUGCAAGCUUUCAUGGACAGCUUUGUCCUAAGUUCUUUGAAGAAAGAAAAAGAAAUGAAGGAUAAAGCUCUGUCAGAUCCACUUUCAGCAAAAGCUCUGGGUUCAGAUGGAGGUGAGGAAAAGAUCAAUAGCAAGUCCUCACAGCGAAAAACAGAAAAGUCGCAAUAUGAACCUCUUGACUUAUCUGUAAGGCCAGAUGCAGCCUCCCUCCCAGGUUCAUCUGUUACCGUGCAAGACAAUAUUGCUUGGCAUGGCUGCUUAUUUUGCUCCUUUACAACUUCAUCUAUGGAACUAAUGGCUCUGCACCUCCAGGCCAAUCACUUGGGCAAGGCUAAACGUAAAGACAACAUCAUAGGGAACAGCAAAGACCAAUCUAGAGAAGCUUCAGCCUCAGUUAAUAAAGUGAGCUUGCUCCCCUCUUCGGUACAUUCCAGCAAAGAGGCAGUAGUUUCAAACAUGCUUAGCCAGCUGGACUCAGCUUCUGAGAAAAUGACCCAAGGACAAAAUAAAGAGACCCUGGGAGAGCAAAAGAGUACUGCCUGGCCCAGCCACAUGGAAUCCACUUUUUGUAAUUUUACAACAGACUUCUAUAAGCAGUUUGGUGUUUAUCCUGGUGUUAUUGGCACGGGAACACAAAAUUCUUGCACCAGUAAUGAAUCUGAAAUAAAACCACAACCCGAAGAUGACCCAAAUAUUCUGCUCUCUGACUCUGUAAAUAAAAGUGCUACUGAUGACCUUUCUGACAUAGCUUCAUCUGAGGAUAUGGAAUCUUCCAAGGAAGAAAACAUUGAAGAUGAGGACAUUGAAACAGAACCAGAUAUUAUGAAUAAGCAGUUGUCUGCCCUAAACAAGGAAAGCAGCGAAGGAGGCAACAAUAUACAAAAUGUGGUCACCUCACAACCAGCACAAGGGCUCGUAUCACCACUGCCACAAGCAUCAGAAAAGCAGUGGCACAGUCAGAAUCUUCUAUCCUCCCAUGAAACUGCACAAGGAGUGAUGAAAGCCGAACAAGUUCAGGGUCCACAGGUCCUGGAGAAGCAGAUGAACAUGUUGUCAGUCCUAAGAGCUUACAGCUCUGAUGGCUUAGCAGCCUUUAAUGGACUUGCAAGUAGCACAGCAACUAGUGGAUGUAUCAAGAGACCUGACUUGUGUGGUCACCGGCCCUUCCAGUGCCGAUACUGCCCAUACAGUGCCUCUCAGAAGGGGAACCUGAAGACCCACGUCCUCUGCGUCCAUCGCAUGCCUUUCGACAACAGCCAGUACCCAGACCGCAGGUUCAAGCGCUCCCGGGCGGACUCGGAAGCCCCGGGGAGCCUGGAGGAGGCUGCGGGCCAGGUGGGGGGCUCGGCCGAGCAGGCCGAGGAGGGCGGUCAGGCCCAGGAGUAGCGCGCCCGGCCGGGCCCUUGUGGCAUGGCAGCCGCUUGCUGCGCAGGGCUCCGGUCGUGUACUGGGCCUAAGGCAGCUGGCUGCGCUGCGGGCAGAAGAAUUGCGUGCCGGCUUCCAGACGUGUACAGGAUGCUCCCAACAUUUAAGUAUAUAUAUAUGGAUACGUACGCACGCACACAUAUAUAUAUAUUUACACACACGUGCUCAUAUACGGUCAUAUACCCAUUAAAUAUAUAUCUACAUUCACACACGCCCACAUGAUCCCUCUGUGUGUGUGUGUGUGUGUGUGUUUAAGUAUAUAUAUUACACACACAAAAUAAAUCUCCAGCCCUUGAAAAUGGCUGCUAAACUGUUACCUGGCAACAAGUACUUCCAAACAAUGUAGGUGGGAUAAUAAAGUGAUCUAAAAACGCUAGGAGGCCGUUAGUUAUUUAAAAAAGCAGGGCAAUUUCAAACUUUGAAGUGGUCUUUGUCCAAAAACAAUGCUCUUAACAGAAAAAUGAUACUGUCUAAACGAUUUAGUGUUGCCUUGAAGAUUGAGGGGCUGUGUUUUCAUUGUUGAAAACACCUUUAUAAUAUGACACCAGCUGCUGUCAUUUGCCUAGCAUAGUAAUGAGAAGUGUUGGUAGACUGCCAUGGUGCCAGUCUGACUGGAGCUGUCAUUGCAGAGAAAAUCAAUUUGAGUGGUGUUGCAACUGCAGUACAGGAGAAACCCUAGAUGGCCCACAAGCUAGGGUCAGUACUGACCUGUACUGACAAGUAUUGCGAUAUUACAUUUUCCCAUUUUUUUUUUGAUACACAGCCAAAUGAAUCAAUGGUUAAAAAAACAUCUGCAUCCCAACGUGUGACUGCAGAUUUGAAGUGUAAUUCCAUUUUUUUAAUCAUCUUGCAGUAUUGAGAGAAAUGCUUUUAUACUUUUUUUUCCUUGUUGAUGAAGCAGUAAGUUGCUAUAAAAUAGAAGUACAAUAUAUAGAAAUAUUGUUUAGUGAAACUAGUCAGCCUUACCUGUAGAAGGUGCUGGUGAGAAACAGAAUUCUAUUACAUAGAGGGUUGGUACUUUUUCUUUUUCUAUUCUUUUCAUGUUGUUUUCUUUUAAAUUUCCUUUAAAUUCAUGUUUUUAUACUUAAAUGAAGGAUUCCCCAGCCAUGGUUAAUUUUCAUGUGUUACUUUUUAUAAGUGUUAAAGACAUAGUGCAGAAGUUUCUUCUGGAGCAAGCUCUUAUAAAGCAGCUUCACCAACACUAUGAAUCCAAACUUCCUGCUCUUUGUCUCUAAUGAAGAAAAGUGUUUUAGCUGAUAUUUCUUUGUUUUUGUAAAGCAAACCAUUUCUAUAUUUUUGCAGGUUUUAGCUUUUUUACUGAUUGGAUGCUCUAAAUUUAUUAAGUUCUUUGCCACAUAGGAAGCUUUGGAGAGUCUAUAAUGAACCACAUACAUUAAAAACAACAAAAAAAAGUAAGAAAAAUAACUAAAGUUUUAUACUGAAAUUCUCUGAAUGGCAUAAAAUUUUAG